ACCAAUUACUACCGAGUUGAGCUACUGUGCCUACUGCAUCUACAACUGUACAUCUAUAAUCAAAAGUUUUUGAUUGAAUUGAAUUAAAAGUUUAAACUUAAGUUAUGAAGUAAAAACAAAUGUUUAUCAUUUGUAGUGGCCUUCCUGUGUUAUGUACGGCUGGCUUAUGGUUAUUGCGGUAAUUUAUGAAUAGUGAUAGAAACCAAAGUCCGUUACAAUUAUGUCUUUUUCAUUUGGAACACCGUCAAGCGCUCCUGCUAAUUCUUCUUUAAGUAGUGGCUUUAAUUUUGGCGGAAACAAGCCAGCCACUCCUGGUUUUGGGUUAACGGCUACAACACAAGCCUCGACGGGACUAUUUGGGAAUACAUCCGCAACUCCUGCGUUUGGUUCUACGUCUGGUUUUGGUGCCUCAACGCCUGCGUUUGGGGCAACCGCUACUCCAUCAUUUGGCGCUACGUCUGCAGCACCAGCGUUUGGAAGUACCGCUACACCGGCUUUUGGUACUAGCGCUGCUGCGCCGGCGUUUGGAUCCACUGCGGCACCUGCGUUUGGUACAGCAUCCGCAACUCCCGCAUUUGGUGCCACAGCUACGGCACCAGCUUUCGGCGCCACCGCAACUCCUGCGUUUGGGGCAAGUACAUCUGCGCCAGCAUUUGGAGCCACUACAACACCAGCAUUUGGUACGGCAGGUGCAUCAGCAUUUGGUGCCACAAGUACCCCGGCAUUUGGCACCACAGGACUAGGCGCUGGUUCCCUUAAUUUUGGUGCCGGCACAGCAACCACAAGUGCAUCAACUGGUUUGAGUUUUGGAACUCCUGCAACAAAGACUGGACUGGGAGGAUUUGGUUUUGGUACAACCACAACUACUCAGACUGGACUAGGUUUAUUUAAUACCAGUACCACAACAACCGCUGCUGGUAAUUUUGGGCUUAGUACACUCAAUAGUAAUGUGUCUGGAACACAACCUUCUGUUUCAGCAACCCCAAGUCUGGGUUUGGGAGGUGCGGCAACAUCUACUUUUGGUGCUACAAAUACUACAGGAGAUGGUAAAUCUGAACCACCGAAACAAACAAAACUACCGAAUGAAUUGUCAACUUUAGUGGAUACAUUUAAAGAGUUUGUUAAAAAACAGAAGUCCCUCAGUUCUGAAGUUAUGCGGCUGUCUAUCAAACCCUUACACAAGGUUGGUCGUGAGGCAGAGACGACUCUGCGUGCUGCGCUCGCCUUACGCGGGGAGACUAACAAGGCGCGUGCGCAGUCCCGACGUCUGCGUACUGCUGCUGCGGACGCCCUCGCCGCUGCUGAGGCAGCUGCUAGAGACCCACCCGGUUCAGAGCUGGAAGGCAGUGCUCCACCGAAAUACAUAAAGGAUCUGAUCUGCGAGUUGGAACAGCAGCUGAUCACAUUCAGAAGGCAGAUGGAUGUCGCAGACAAGCAGAUGCAGGCCGCCCCCAAACUUCUCACUGAACAAGAGUUAACCCUGGGCAUACGUCGCAUGCAUGAAUCCCUGGUGGCGUUGGCAGGCCGCCUGCAGACUGUUCACACUCAGGUGGAGGCGCAGAAAGAGCAGUACCUCAACCUCAGAAAAUAUGUACUUAAAGACCCUACUAAUGUGUUUGAUACACCCUCAGCAAGCGCAAGUCUAGAUCAGAUUUUACAUGACGCUGAGGUGUCCCGGAAGAAACUGAAACCUAAUACUUUACAAGACAUUAGUCUAGGUCUGGGCAGUGCUGUAUUGUCUGAUCCUAGGGCUGCUUUGGGCAACAUUCAACAGUUGGCAGGUCCAACACCGUUCACAUAUUUAGGCACAGCUGUGUCUCCCUUCCCUACCGCAGAUGGUACAGGCAACUGGCAACCCCAGCAACAGAAUAAUUUCAGUUCGUCACUGAACUUCAACAGCUUCGGUACAGUGGCGCAGAAUGACUCCAGCUUCCAGCUGCAGAAGCCGCCCGGCAAGCGCGGCAAGCAAUGAUACUGGCGCUAGGAGGUCGACCAGCCUUCAUACAUAAAUACAUACAUACAUUUACGUUGUAUAGAUAUCAGGUGCAAAAGAGGGUAGACAGAAAUUAAAAAUAUUUAGCACCUAUUUAUAGCCAAUUUUUCUUUAAAUUUGUGGGUAAUUUUAAGUAUUGCAUUCCGGAUUUUUCUUUUUUUUAAUGUGAAUGUGUGGAUGGAUGGAUGGAUUUUUGUUUGAAAGUAUCUUCAG